UCCUUCUUUUCUUUUUUCUGUUCCUCUUCCUCUCAUUCUUUUCGUCUCGUUUCUUUUUUUUCAGCCACGAAGCACCACGAGACUUCAGAGCAGACAAAACAAACCAAAAAUACCAAGAUGGUUCUCCUCCGGGCAAUGGCGUGGUCGUGUACCUCGGCCUCAACCCUGGGCGCCUCGUCCAGCACACUGGCCCUGGUCGUGAGCUUUAGCGUGGGCCUUCUGGGCCUGGCUAUGGUCCUGGCCAAGUUGCUGCCGGAGCCGCUGCGGCCCGCUGCGCUCAGCCAGGGCCACAGGCGGCGCGCGAAGCGCCUCCCGCUGCCGCCCGGCCCCCCUGGCGAGUUCCUGCUGGGCCACUCGCGCGUGGUCCCCUUUGAGGCGCCGUUCAAGAAGUAUGCCGAGUGGGGCGUAGAGUACGACUCCGACGUCCUAUACUUGUCGGCCUUUGGCCAAAAGUGGAUCGUGCUGAACAGCCUCAAGGCGGCCGUGGAGCUGCUCGACAAGCGCGGCUACAACUAUGGCGACCGUCCGCGGUUCGUGCUGUGGGAACUAAUGGGCUGGGCACCAACCCUGACGUGGCUCCGCUGGGGGCCCAAGAUGCUCCAGCACCGGCGGGCGCUGCAGCCGCCCUUCUCGCGGACGCGGGCGCACGAGUACCGGGACGCGCAGCGCCGCGAGGCCGUCCGCGCCGUGGCGUCGAUGGCGCGGCGGCCGGCGGCCUGGGGCCUCGCGGCGCGCCGCUUCGCCGUCGGGGUCGUCAUGGAGGCCGCGUACGGCAUCGAGAUCGGCGGCGACGACGACCGCUACGUCGGGCUCUCGGACAGCGCCGCCGAGGCCAUCGGCAACGCCGGCCCGCCCGCGGGCAGCAUCGUCGACAUGUUUCCGAUGACCAGAUUUCUGCCAUCCUGGCUGCCCUUCAUGGAGCGAGUCAGGUACGCGCAGAAGUGGAAGCCGGCGAUUGAGAACGUGACCAAUGUGCCCUUCGAGGCGGCGCUGAGUGAUGCGAAGCGCAAGGUGAUGAAGAAGUGCUUCGUGCGCGAGCGACUCGACAUAUACCACGAGAACCAGGAGAGAGGGCUGCCCAACACCUUUACCAUGGACGACAUCAAGGGGGCAGCCGCCACGGUACUCAUUGCCGGGAGCGAAACGACGGCAACCACGGUGAAGCUCUUCAUCAUGUACCUGAUGCAGAACCCGCGGGUGCGAAGGCUGGCGCAAGAAGAGAUCGACCGCGUGCUGGGACAGGAUGAGAGGAGGCCAGGGACAGCAGAGGACAAGAGCCGGGGGCAGCAGCAGCAACCGCGGCUCCCGACGUGGGGCGACCUGCCGCGGCUGCAGUACCUGAAGCUGGUGCUCCAGGAGGUGUACCGCAGCAGCCCGCUGUCGCCGCUCGGGAUCCCGCACGCGUCGCUCGAGGACGACGAGUACCGCGGCAUGUUCAUCCCGCGCGGCACCGUCGUGUACCCGAACGUGUGGGCAAUGAACCACGACCGGACCGUCUACUCGGACCCGGACGCGUUCCUGCCCGAGCGGUAUCUGCCCAAGGAGAGAGGCGUUAGCAGCAGCAGCGACGACGCGCUCGGCCGGGGCGAGCCGUUCCCGACGGGCAACUUUGGCUUCGGGCGCAGGGUGUGCGUGGGCAGGCACAUGGCCGAGAACAGCCUGCUCAUAAUCUUCGCCACCAUCCUGGCCACGCUCGACAUCGGCCCGCCCCGGGGUCCGGACGGCCGUCCGCGCGAUGCGGACGUCAAGAUGUCGUUCAGGGGUCAAGUGUACCCCUACCCCUUUGAGUGCUCGCUGACGCCGCGGUCCGAGGCGGCGAUGCGGCUCCUUGAUGAGGCGGCGGCGCAAUAGCGCGUGUGGGACAGAUGACAGGAGGAGGCAGUGACGAGCGGGCGGCGGCACAAGAUGACAUGCGGGGUGCUACUUAAUGGCUUUAUUUUAUUUCGCAUUCCGCACGGGGCAUAUGGCAGGGCAUGGGGCAUGGACAUUUGCACAGACGUUUGGCUGGGUUUUGGGAUUUUAGACUUUGGCAA